AUGUCAUUCCUGAUAGACUGGUCCCUCCUAACCAACGGCGACGGCACAGAAGCCGACAACCUCCUCGCCUUCCUCAACACCCGUUUCCAGCAAAUCGACCGCCCGCCCUUCCUCGGCCCACUCGCCGUCACAGACUUUGACUUUGGCGACGUGCCGCCAGAGAUCAAGAUCACCGAUAUAUGCGACCCUAGCCCCGAGUUUUACUUGCCGGAGGAGGAGGAUGAGUGGGGGAGGUUUGUGGCGGGUGCGAAUGCGCAGGCCGCCGCGGCUGCGGCUGGGAAUGGGAGUGGGGGUGUUAAUACCCCGCCGAGACCGUUUUCGCCGGGCGCGGAGUAUGGGGAGGGGCAUUUUGCGUCGAGGGCUUUUGAGCACGGGAUACGGCAUCGGGGGACGGGUGCGCUCCAAUACGCGCAGACGAUGCAACGGCCCUCGGACGCGCAGGUGGAAUUGCAGAUCGUGUAUAAAGGGAACAUGAGGUUGGGGAUCACGACCGAACUGAUUGUGAACCAGCCAACGCCGGCGUUUAUGGUUUUGCCACUGAAUUUGACGUUGACGGGGUUUCAUUUUACCGCAACGGCACUGAUAUCCUACCUCGGCGACCGCAUCAACUUUUGCUUCAAGGAAGCCGAUACCGGCGCUACAAUCCUCCAAGACGUCUCCAUAGACUCUGAAGUCGGCGACGGGCGAAAACAAGUCCUGAAAAAUGUCGGUAGAAUCGAACGCUUCAUAAUCGACCAGCUCCGUAAAGUCAUACAGGACUUCCUCGUCUUUCCCAACCACCAAAGCCUGCAUCUCCGCCCGGAGACGGAGGACGAUGGAUAUAGUGAGCGGGAUGGUGGGAGUAGUGGGAGUAGUGGGGAUAGUGGGAGUUGGACGGGGAGUGAGGAGGGGAGUGAGGAGGGGUGAGGACGGGGGUGGCUGUCGGUCCUCUUUCUUUUCAACGUUUUUGGCUACAUGGAGAUAGGGCAGAGGUACCCCUCGCCGCUGUGCAGAACUUGUGUAUACCGCACACCACACGCCCCCUCCUGAAUAUACCCUCGCAAGCACAUUGACC